AUGACUAUUGACCCCAACGACUCAAUCCCCCUCCUCACCGAGGACGUCAUCACUGGCGACAAGGCCCUCAAGGGUGUUCUUCCCCAUGAUUUCGCGUACGCAGCGUCGACUGCGAGCUUCCAAAUCGAAGGAGGUUGGAACCAAGACGGCAAGGGCCCGGGUAUCUGGGACGUCUACCUUCACGAGAAUAACAUGGAUAACGGCGAUGACGCUGUCAACAGCUACAACCUCUGGCGCGAGGACAUCAAGUUGUUGAAGCAGUAUGGUGUUAACACGUACCGUUUCUCGAUCUCUUGGCCCCGCGUCAAGCCUCUAGGCGGCAAGGACGACCCGGUGAACGAGAAGGGCAUUGAGUACUACUCCAACCUCGUCGACGCUCUCCUUGCCGAAGGUAUUACGCCGUUCGUGACCAUCUUCCACUGGGAUACCCCGUACGAGCUGCAGAAGCGCUAUGGCGAGUUUGAGAACCCGGAAAAGCUGGUCGACGACUUUGUCGCAUACGCUCGCGUGCUGUUUGAGCGCCUCGGUGACCGUGUGACCAACUGGAUCACAAUCAACGAGCCAGUCAUCUACAUGAUGUUCAAUAUCAUGGGCAUGAAGGCCGACACCUGGACAGAGGACACGUCGAUCGCGUACACAAAGUCGCUUCUGUUGUCACACGCACGCACUGUUGACCUUUACCGCCGCGAGUUCAAGCCAAAGCAGGGCGGACAGAUUGGUAUCACGCUCAACGUUGAUUAUGUUGUUCCAAUCGAUGACUCGCCGGCAGCUAUCGAGGCGGCACAAGACUCUCUCGACCAGAUGUUCGGCCAGUUUGCCGACCCGAUCUACCACGGAUACUUUCCUGAAAGCAUGUACAAGCGCUUUGACCGUACAAAGCUCAACUUUACUCCUGAGGAGUGGGCGAUAGUGAAGGGUUCGAACGACUUCUUUGGGCUCAACCACUACUCGACGUUCUACGCAACGGGCGAGGUGCGCCCACUCAAGGGAGCAAGCGGGCGGGACCGCGCCCUAGGGCUGGAGGUGCGUGUGGCUGAGAAGAACGGGGUACCCAUCGGACGCCGCGGCGAGAACGGCCACCCAUACGACGUCGCAUGGGGAUUCCGCCUUCUCAUACAGUACAUCGACAAGCGAUACCUCAAAUCGUCGGGACACCGGUUGUACAUUACAGAAAACGGGUACGCGGUGGAUGGCGAGACCAAGCUGGAGAUUGAUCAAGCUGUCGAGGACAAGGCGCGCCAAAGUUACUACGCCGGGUACAUCCGCGAGGCUGUGCUUGCGCGCACUGAGGACGGGAUCGACGUUGCCGGCUACAUGGCGUGGAGCCUCAUGGACAACCUUGAGUGGCUUCAGGGGUACAGGAGCCGCUUUGGGAUCACGUGCGUCGACCGUUCGAGUCCCGACUUUACACGCACGCCCAAGGAGUCUGCUUUCAUGCUCAAGCGGGUGUUCGACUAUCUGAUUUCCAAGGAGUAG